AUGGACGUACAGGCAACAUCGCUUGCAAUGAAUUUCUUGGAAGACCCUUUGUUACCGGUUCAUGCCGAAGCCCAGUGUGUGCCCGAUAUCCACUUGCACCUCCCUGAGGUGGACUCAUUAUGUGCUCUUGAGCUUCCCACUCCCGAAACGGAAGUAACCAACCUUUUGGCCCAAUGCCCGCCUCUGGAAAUCCCUGGAUUAUCGCUGACACAGGAAGGUCCGGGUCCCACUAUGAUUAGAACGAGGUCUUCGCUGUCUAUCUCGGCUAUUGUAACGGAGCGCUUACAAUUCGGCAUGGAUGUGCUGAAACAAGCACCAAGAAUGAUGGUCCUAGAAAACCAGACGCCCUGGUGCCAUCGCCAAUUGUACAAAGAUGGCAUGCCCAGGUCAAUGCAAGACGCCGUCGCCUGCUGCGCCCUGUACAUGGCUCGAAAUGAAAUCAAUGCUCCAGUCAUCCUCUCUUCCUUCAAAACCCGCAUUGACGACUUGCUCGCUUCCCCGCCUCCAAAAACACCGCUUGAAGCACUCGCCCAUACACAGUCCUUGAUACUGUAUCAGAUAAUGCGCCUGUUCGACGGAGACAUCCACGCCCGGCUGUCCGCCGAACCUCUAAUUCCUAUGCUGGAAACAUCGGCCUUCAGCCUUCUGAACUAUGUUUACUUCCCGGCCGCAGAGCCCGACACUGCCCUGACUGCGCCCAUGGAUGCUGUCAUGCAGUCCUGGACUGAGUGGGUAUAUCAGGAAUCUGCGCGUCGCACCGCCCUCUUCACGUUUUAUUUGGUGCAGAUAUACCGUUUAGUCACGGGUGAGAACAAUCUCAGCUGCGACGGCCGUUUGGGCCUCAUCCACUCAUGGUAUUUAUCAGCGUAUCUGUGGAGUGCACAGACUGCAUUUGACUUUGCCGUUGCAUGGAACGAGAACCAGCAUUUUGUGGUCUGCAAUGCAGAUUUUGGCCAUGUGCUUGAACGCGCGCGACCGUCGGAUGUGGAUGUGUUUGGACGGAUGCUCCUCAGUACGCUUUUAGGAAUUGAUCAGGUCAAGGCCUGGUUUUACUCCCGAGGAGCAAUUUUGUAA